AUGAUUCCUUAUCAAUUCAAUCUUAUCUUUCGUGCUAGUAGAGAUGGCAAUACAGCAGCACCAUUUCAUAAUAAAUGUGAUAACAAAGGAGCAACUAUUAUAAUUAUUAAAAUUAAGGGAACUAAUCAAAUAGUUGGUGGAUAUAAUCCGCUUGAUUGGGAAGGGAAUGCUAUCUACAAAAAUACUCAAGAUAGUUUCAUAUUUAUUUUUAACGAUUAUAGAAAUAUUAAUACGGGUAAAAUUGGAAGAGUAACUGAUGCUUCUCAUGCUUUGAUAUGUAAUCCUUAUUGGGGACCAGUUUUCGGGCUUAACUGUUGUGAUAUGGCAAUGUACCCUGACAACAAAAAUAAUGAGUGGAGUUCUAAUCCAAAAUCCUAUCCUAAUCUCAAUAUUCCAGGGAGUUUUGAAAUCGAUGAUUAUGAAGCUUUUCAGGUGGUUAAAAAAUAG